AUGGCUGGCGGAAAAUGGAUGGGCUGGUGGGGACACUUGGGCGCUCCCAAGCAGCGCGGAAUCGCCGUUUACACCUUGUCGCCCUAUGAGCAGCGCGCCUUUGCCGGUGCCCUUCACCAGGCUGUCUUCAACACCUUCCGUCGCGUCAGCGCCAAUGCCUUCUACAUUGCCGUCCCCUUCGGUGCCGCCUACGGACUCUUCAACUGGGGCAGGGAGAACCACCAGUGGAGACUCAGCAAGGCUGGCCACGCCGCCCACGCUGAUGACCAUUAA